AUGGUGCGAGUACUUUCGAGAAAAAAGUACAUGAGACCUAAGAAUGUUUUCCUACCCGAAUUCGUUAUUGCUCUCAUUCACACUCCCUUUCUUCCCCCACGAUAUGCCUCCUUCUACGUCCCUCUCGAAUUCAACAAGCUCGAUAUGCGCGACUACAUGAAGAAAUUAUAUAACGUCGAUAUUCUACGUAUCCGAAGCUAUGUUGAGCAACAAAAGGUCACACGACAACUCAGAGAUCGCAUGGGCCAGGGACCACUCCGACGACCGAAAUCAAAGAAGAAGAUGACAAUUGAAAUGUUUGAGCCAUUUGUCUGGCCGCAACUUCCCCAGGAUCAGUCUGCCUGGGAGAAAGAACAAUUCUACAACCAACAGAGAUACAGCACCGAUAUCCAGGAAUCCAAACAACCAGCCGCUUCCGCGAAGCCAGUCAAAAACGAAAGGGAGAGCUUUGAGCAGCAAGCCAAGGACCUUCUAGAGGGCAAGACAACUUGGAAACCAACAUGGCAGGCCCUUGGACUGCGAUACGAUCGACCCUCCUUGGCGAAAUUCUCGGUGACGCAGCCGAAAGAGGCCGAGAAACAGACAGAAUCGAUAGAAUCGAGUGACUCGACGGAUAGUGGAAAGCCAUCAUCUUCGACGGACCCAUAA